GAGAGAGAGAGAGAGAGAGAGAGAGAGAGAGAGAGAGGGUGGGGGGGGCAGAGCACUGGAACGGAACGGAUGAAAGAUUCCUAUUGAGCGCGGUCUCCAGGAUUUCUCACCCCCACAGAGGUUUUAAUCUCCUGCUCUGGAUUUACACCGCAAUUCAUCACUGCGACAACGGCCACACUGAAAACAAAAGGGGGGGACUAAAGGAUAACCUGACCCGUUGUGUGUUUAUAUCUCUGCGUGUGCACGCGCGCGUGUGUGUGUGUGUAUGAGAAAGCGUGUGUGUGUGUGUGUGUGUGUGUAUGUGUGUAUGUGUGCGCGACCCUGUGAGCGCGGUUGAGCGUGUGUUAAAACACCAUUAGAGAUGCUGUUUUAAUUGGAUUUAGCAGGAGAGCGCGCAGGGUCAAAAGGCUGAGAGCCGGCAGAGAGGCAAGAGCAUCCCUGGAGCUGGCUGCGCUUCCACAGGCUGAGCGGCUGCGUAACCCUCUCACGUCCCUCCACACAUUAACACUCCAGUCCCUUCGCCGUGCGGGAGAGACCUGCACUCCGCUGCACACAGGUCCUCACCAUGGGUGACAAAGGCACAAGAGUUUUCAAGAAGGCAAGUCCAAAUGGCAAGCUUACUGUCUAUCUCGGGAAGAGGGACUUUGUUGACCAUGUGGACCUUGUGGAACCUGUUGAUGGUGUGGUAUUGAUUGAUCCAGACUACCUGAAGGAAAGAAAAGUUUUUGUGACGCUGACAUGCGCCUUCCGCUAUGGACGAGAGGACCUGGACGUUUUGGGCUUGACGUUUCGAAAAGACCUCUUUGUGGCCAACAUCCAGGCCUUCCCACCAGUGCCUGAAGAAAAAAAGCCCUUAACCCGUCUUCAAGAGCGCCUGAUUAAAAAGCUUGGGGAACAUGCAUACCCUUUCACCUUUGAAAUUCCUCCGAAUCUACCCUGUUCAGUAACCUUACAGCCAGGACCAGAGGACACUGGGAAGGCCUGUGGUGUUGACUUUGAAGUGAAGGCUUUCUGUGCUGAAAAUGUUGAAGAAAAAAUCCACAAAAGGAAUUCUGUGCGCCUUGUAAUUAGGAAAGUCCAGUACGCCCCAGAGAAGCCAGGCCCCCAGCCUAUGGCAGAAACCACAAGGCAGUUUCUCAUGUCUGACAAACCCCUGCACCUGGAGGCCUCACUGGACAAAGAGAUUUACUACCACGGAGAGCCAAUCAAUGUAAAUGUCCAUGUCACCAACAACACGAAUAAGACUGUGAAAAAGAUGAAAAUCUCAGUUCGCCAAUAUGCAGAUAUUUGCCUUUUUAACACUGCGCAGUACAAGUGUCCAGUGGCAACAGAGGAAUCUGAUGAUAUAGUUGCUCCCAGUGCCACAUUUUGCAAAGUAUACACCCUCACUCCUUUCCUCGCCAACAACCGGGAGAAACGGGGCUUGGCAUUAGAUGGGAAGCUCAAACACGAGGACACAAAUUUGGCCUCCAGUACAUUGUUAAGAGAAGGAGCCAACAAAGAGAUCCUGGGAAUUAUCGUCUCUUACAAAGUUAAAGUGAAGUUGGUCGUGUCUCGGGGCGGACUCUUGGGAGACCUUGCUUCGAGUGAUGUUGCAGUUGAGCUUCCCUUCACCUUAAUGCAUCCUAAACCCAUUGAGGAGUCAUAUUACAGAGACGUUCCAGAAAAUGACGCACCCCUUGAUACGAAUCUGAUAGUAUUCGAUGCAAACGAUGAUGACAUCAUCUUCGAGGACUUUGCACGACAGAGGCUCAAAGGGGCAAAGGACGACAAGGAUGAGGAUGACGAAGGUGCCAACUCGCCCAAGCUGAAUGACAGAUAAAGGCAUGGCCCCACUGUGUUCUGUUGUUGUGACGCUGUCAGGGGCCUGUGAGAAAGCCAGAGGCUGGGAGACCCUUUAACAAAUCACAAUGGUGACAUCGUUCUGUCCGUGUUUGCGUUUGUCGUUCGCUCAACACAAAAAAAUGUAAAAUACAAAGAAAAACUAAACCUAGUUUUCAGCGGUAGAGAAGUUAUCUUUAAGUGUGGAGGCGGAUCACUGGUUAGACAUGAAGAAAUCUAGGGCAGUGGAAGCCAAGAAAAAAAAAGAAUCCUCAUGGCAGAUUCAAUUUCCAGUCGUAGCAUGCCUUUGAUGACUUGCUGUGUAUGUUUCCACUCAAAGGAACUGGAACAGUUAACAGAAAUACUGCCAAAUUCAAUUUCAUGACUUUUUUUGUAUACUAUGUGAAUGUUAUCUAUGAGAGGAAAUGCUGAGGGCAUGAGUGUAUUUUGGAUAAAGGCUUUUGUUGACAUUUAGUCAGAUAGGAUUAUGUUUUGCCUUCACAGACUUAAAUUAAAUAAUGAGAUUGUUUAACAGCAUUUUUCAAACCCCAGCCUUUAUAUCCAGUGACCAUCAUAACCAAUGUUUAUAUCAUACUUUCAGCCAAUGUCAUCUCCAAAAAAUUAACACAAAUUACCUUUGACAUUUAGGUGUCAGGAUGAACAUAUUUUUUUUUAUCAACCGAAAAAUGUAAAGAGUGCUUACUAUAAAAAGCCUUUUGCUUUUGACAAACCCAAAUGAUGACAACAGCCUUUUUCUCACAGACACUCUACACAUCAUGUCAGUCUUGGUGUUUGGCACUGUACGUUGUCCAUUCCCUUUCAGAGUAGAAGUGGACAUUAGCAGGGAUAAACUAUAUGUGGUUGUAACACAAUUUCUUGCCUGUGACACUAUGUGCAUGUAUAGGCAAGCCUCACUUUGUAGCAGUAUUAAAAGAAGAUGGAAGCGGAACUUUCACUGGCUGUAUCUUGCAGAUGAGUUAGGAUUUAUAUGAAAGAGUGGCCUUGAUUUUUCCGGUUAAUGGUACAUGUCAAUAUUUAAAGAGUUACAUAAUACCUUUUGAAGACAAAAAUUAUUUUUAUGAUCUGUAAAACCGAUUUACUUCUUUCUUAACAAGCAUUAUAGUGUGAGGAGAGCUACAGUACCUGAUAGAUUGGAGCAGCUGUUCUUUGCUUUGUUUAAACUAUUUAGUAUUUAUUUCUGGGUCAGUAUAAAGGUAUAAAGGUAUUUACUGUGUUAUCCAGUUUGAUCCAUCUUUGAAGGGGAUAUGUCAAUAUGUUUGUUCUAUUUAUACCUCAUUGUUUUAAUUGUUAAUUUAUUGACCUCAUAGUGUGAGAGGAGAGAGAGGAUGAAAAAGAGAUACUGAUAAGCUCUACAAAUAAAAGACCACUUAAAAAUGAUUUCAUAAUAAUACUAAUCAUCUCCAUCAUCAUCAUCAUCAUCAUCUCCAUCAUCAUCAUCAUUAUCAUCCUCAUCAUUAUUGUUAAUGUCAUAAUUUUUUAAAGUCUGGCUAUACAAAGCGUAUCAUUUAAAAGAGAAUUGUUUGUGACUCAGGCUUGCUGGAUUGCAUUUAGGAAAGCAGUAGCAGAGGAAACCCAUAACAUUUUAUAGGCUGCACAGUAACAAAAUCCAUUCCAUUCCAUGUGUUAGAUCUUAAUUGCAGUAUUUUUUAACAAAACUAACUUAUCAUGAAAAUGUUAAAAAUCACAAGAUUUGCCAUGUAAGGUACAAGGCUAUAUUUGGGUAAUGUCGUACCUAAGUUCAGUAUCUCAAUGAUGCCUUUAAAUUUUAAAUUUGGAUUGUGUUCUCCAAUAGUAAGUAGGGUUGAAAUGUAAAAAUAACUGUCCCUGCUCAUGUAUUGCAGUCACUGUGCACAUAUGGUGACUGAAAUAACAAACUCUUGCUGCACUGAAGACACCCAGCACAACAUUUACAUUUAGAUUAGAGCACAAUACCUUCAAACUAUUUCAGUUACGGCUAAGAAAAAGAAGGUUGUAGUUCCUUUUUCCCUGCUAGAGGGAUUUCAAUGUGCAAUGCAGCUGACAUUGUUUGACAUGCAGGUGUGCGAUAUAUUGUAUUUAAGUGCUCAAUACAUCACAUUAGUAACCGACGUGGCAGGCUAACUUAGGAUGUAAAUAUGUGUUUGGUCUUAGUCAACACAAUGGUAAAAGCACAGCUCUGGGAUUGUUGCAACCAAUCACAUUAUGACUUGGGGAAAAUGAACAUUUUCGUAAUGAAAGGCUCAUUUUUUGAGUGCUGGUUAUUGCAUUUGCACCUCUGGCCAUCUGUAGGCUAGUAAUGGAGUGAAAAACAUCUCUAAAUAACUCUCCCAUUUCCUUUGCUGUCAGAAUGCAGUGAGGCAACGAAGAGGCUAUGUGACAUAUAAACAACACAUAAAAACAACUUAAAAUGUUACAAUGCAUUAGUAAUAAUUCAUCUUAACACAUGCAUGUUUUCAUUAUUAUUUUGAAUUUGCAUACUUUUAAUGCAGGGGAAUUUAUAAAUGAUUUUGCUCCCAAGCAUGCAGCUAUUAAACAUGCAUUCCCAUUUCAUUUUCCACUCUAUUUCUGUCUCAGUAGGUUAACACCCACCUGCUGUUGUCAGGCCCUCCUGUUCCCACAUGCAAAGUGUAAUAAUUUUUUUCAGAUUUGUUAUUAAAAUCCAUUUUUACUUGUUUUUUUUUAUCCAUGUUAAAUCAGAAAAUACAUGUGUUCAGAAUGUGUGUUAAAUUCUUUCGUAUUCACACUCUAGAAUUCAUGUGAAAUUAUAUUCUGACCUAUUGAGUUUCCAAAACAAAAUCAGGCUGGAGGAAAUGUGCCUAUAUCAUUGUGGGCCAAACACCUUUACUUGCUUUCUGAACACUUUCAGCUAGUGCUGCAGUUUUUGUAGUGCCCUGCUGUGCUGUCAAAGUUGUGCUGACAACAAAACAAUAAAGCAAAGCAUUUGUAGUAAAUUACAUUAUUCCACAGUCACAGCUGGCCAUGAAAUAAAAUAACACUAAUAUUUGAACUAAUUCAAAUUUAGAGGAAAUUCAGUGAGGGGAAUACCUUAUUUAUUGCAUUGUUUGUUGCCGAUUUGCAUUUACUGUACCCAAAAAGAAGGUUAGUAUAAUUUAAACGAGAUGUGGUUUCUAUCCUUUCUAAAUCUGCACACGUAUUUUUGUAAACCGAUCUCUGUAUGAUGUUCAAAAUCUCGCUGUUUGUUCCCUUUAUU